GUCUCCUUCUAAUAUUUUCAUCCUCGUCCCAUUUCCAACUCGGCGGCUCGACUCGCCCCAUCUCUUCUCUCCCUCUUCUUCCUCGAACGUUCGCUCUUUUGUCUCUACCAAUCUCCUCUUUCCCCUUAAACAAUCAUAUAUUUCGAUUGAUUACGAACCCUAGCCCGAGAUCUUCCAGGAAGAUUCCUUCGAUCGGUUCCCGCUAUUUAGGUUGGAAAUCGGACUGGAAUCGUUCGUGCUUUGGUACUUCCGUUUUUGGAACUUGUCGAUCGGUUCUGAUGAGGAUCUAGGGUUUUGAAGAACGAGUCCGGCUUCAGUGAAGUGAAUUGUUGCGUUGGGGGUGAUCGAUGGCGGGCGCCGGGCGGAGUGGAUCGAUUCCUCCGUUAGAUAUUGAGCAGAUACUUGUGGAAGCACAAGAUCGAUGGUUACGUCCUGCCGAAAUUUGUGAAAUACUUCAAAACCACAGAAAAUUUCAUAUUGCACCAGAGCCACCAAAUAGACCUCCCAGUGGUUCUUUGUUUCUCUUCGAUCGAAAGGUGUUAAGGUACUUUAGGAAGGAUGGUCAUAACUGGAGAAAGAAAAAGGAUGGGAAGACUGUGAAAGAAGCUCAUGAAAGGCUAAAAGUUGGAAGUGUGGAUAUGCUCCAUUGUUACUAUGCUCAUGGUGAGGAGAACGAAAAAUUUCAAAGACGGAGUUAUUGGAUGUUGGAUGAGGAGCUCAUGCACAUUGUUCUUGUACAUUAUCGUGAAGUCAAGGAUAAACCAAGUCUCAGCUAUACUAAAGAUGUUGAAGAAGUUGUGCAAGUCACCCAAAUGGAUAAUCUUUUCACUUCUAAUUCUGCCACUAGUCAGGGUCAACCACCUUCACAAACCAUGGAUACUGAUAGCCCCAGUAGUGCACACACUUCAGAGUAUGAAGAUGCUGAAUCAGCAUACAUGAAGCGAAAUUUGAUGCAGCAGAUAUUUAUCAAACAAGUUCCCGAUACCACCCUGUCGCUGAGAUGUGGCAGCAUGAUGAUUGAUGACUGAUGGCUGUUCAACUCUUUGGCCCUUAUGUAACCAUUCCUUCUGUAGAUAGCCUAUUUGAUUUCCCUGGAAUUCAAGCUGCUGAAAAUAAUUCGAGUGCUCAAGAGGAUACAACUUAAUUUCUAGAUGUAGCAGACCUUGGAUUUAGCAGGUCCAGAAAUUUGUUUGAUCUAACAUCCUGGGAUGAAAUCCUGAAACAAUGUGCAAAAGGCUUCCAGAUGAUCUUUAAUACUUGGGGAUCACAGGUUGCCACCAUGGACGACAAUCUAAGACUUCAAUCUUUGAUACUUGGGUCCUAUAUGCAGAUGAUCUCAGCACCAUGGAUAACGUCACCCGUUCACAGGAAAAGUACUUUGCAGAAUAAAGAAAUAUGAUGGCUUCUUAAGGUGGAUGAGCAAAGACUUUGGUGAAGUUGAUCACUUGCAUAUGAGAUACAAUUCUGGAAUCGUCUGGAAUGUCAUUGGAAGUGAAAAUGUCAUUGAAGAUCCAAUCAUGUCAAACUACAGUCAUGUAGAUCCAUAUGCAAGGAGUCCCACACUUUCCUAAGACCUGUUGUACAGCCUACUGGUUUCUCUCCAAAUUAUGUGUAUGCUGGCUUGGAGACUAUGGUGUGCGGUAUUAAUAUUCUUUUUGUGUAUUUCUGAAGCAGAUUAGUCUUCUUGAUGGAAUCAGAUUAACAUAGUUGUUCUUUUCUAAUUUUGAACCAUCAUUUCAGCACUAUCGCGUCUAUGUGGCAGGUUUCAAUUGCUGGGAUAUUUUAUAUUAGCAGAGCUUCUAGCUGAUGGAACUUUUCAGUGUCAAUCUCCUCCACAUAAAUCUGGAAGGGUUCCAUUAUCUGACACCUGUUCCAAUAGGUUUUCUUGUAGUGAAUUGUGAGAAUUUAAAUUCGGACAAGUGACUCUCACUCUGAUGAAGAUUUCCAAAUUCUAUAGUUGCAGUGCAAAUGUAAUGCUUCUUUCUGUGUGGAUAGACAAGUUACUAUUUUGGGAACCACUUGACUACCAAAAUCUAGGAACCAAAACCUUAACAGAGAAAACUUAUUAGGCAGUAAAAUUUAUUAUUAUCACCAUGGAAGCUGAUUGUGAAACUUCUACUCUGCUCAAGGAAAUCAAUGAGGACUUUUCCCCUCAUACAGAAAACAGUCAUUUGAAUUAUUUCAUGAGUUGGCUUCUUUAGAAACUAGCCAUUGGUAUCCUCGGCAUCUUAUUAGAUGAGAAUGAACAGGAUGUGUUCAUCUAGUGGUAGCUCUGGAUUAUGCUUGGACUAUAAAACUAAUUGUAGCCACAAGUGUCGAUGUUAAUUUCACAGAUAUGCAUGGAUGGACAGUCCAUCACUUGGCAGUAUUUUGUUGCCGUAGGAAUGUGGAGAAAACUAUAUUGUUGUGGAGGCAAAAGCUGCAUACAUUGCAUGGUUUUCGAGCAGAGGCACCAUCAGAGAGACAGACCAUGCAAAGGCCCAUAAGGAUGACUAUGGAAGAAAACAAUCUUAAGCUGGCUGCAGACAGCCCUUGCAAGGGUCAAGUCCAUGGAUCAAUACCCAGAAGCUAGAGAUAAGCAGCAAGUACUUGUACCUGUUGUCAGAGAACUUGAGGUGCCUAAGGCAAUGCAGGAAAGCAUCAUGAAUGUGUUGUUGGAGGCUAGAGAUGGUGAUUUUAUGGUUGAACAAGAAGUCUUCUGUGAAACAACUUACACCUAGUCCUGGAGAAGGUUGAUUUUCUUGUUUUAAAGCAUCACCUUCACUGAUUUUCGAUUGCACCUUUCCAUCUAGUGUGACACCUAUGGGCAUUUUGCUUAUAUGAUGCAUGUGCAUUCCAAUCCAAUCUUGAGAGGAGGUAAUACCAGAUUAUCCUCUUGGCUGUAGCUGGUAGCCUGCCAUUCACUAACCAGGACUUGUUUGAAUUGAAACCAUUUCUAUUCCAUUAUUAGUGCCUUAUGUUAGCUGAUUCAGUUGCCAGUACAAAUAAUUGAUGCCCUGGUAAUGUUGUCUUGUAACAAUUUUGCUAUGUUCCGAAUGUAGGAUUGCUAAAAGAAGUUGAGAAGUGCAUUCACUUCUUAUUUUUCUUUCUUUCA